UAGACGAGGACCGAGCAGUCAAGAUCCCCUCGUUAGUCGCUUGCAGAUUCAUAGAGGUGUAUAGGCAGCCAGUAUAUUUUCUGGGUUUAGGCUACUUAAUUCUGACGACUAAAUAUUUUGCCCUGUCUUGAACAUAAUGUGGAGAGACAAGUGUUCUCGGCAGACAUUCGAAGACCUAGCAUAAUUCAUUCGUGACGGACCCCAUUGCUGCAUGCCUCCUGUUUAAGAUUCUGCCGUUUUGACUAAUCCACGGGACAGUGGGAUCCGACUACAGAGCAGAGCAUCUUUAGGAUUCACAGCGAGUUGAGUCCAAGUUAUAUUACCAGCAGUUUACCAUGACAGCCACUAAGGAGGCGGCGCAGCCGAAUCAGAGACAGAAGCCACCGCCAAAGGAUGAUGAGGAGGACCUUGGUGCGGGAGCUCCACCUGACAGGAACUGGAAAGGAAUUGCUAUUGCUCUGCUGGUUAUUUUGGGGGUCUGCUCUCUUAUCACCAUGUCUGUCAUCCUCCUCACCCCAGCGGACAGCCAAGCUGGCAGUGAUACCAAACUCACAGUGGAAGACCUGUUCAAGCCUGAGUUUGUUGCCCACGACCCGGAGGCCAAAUGGAUCAACGACUCAGAAGUGAUCUACAGGAAUCGCGAUGGCCACGUAAUCAAGUUUAACAUCCUCACCAAUGAGACUGAAAUUGUACUGACAAACACAACAUUUGUCAAUUUCAAUGUUGCAAAGUACUCCGUUUCCCCGGACUUGAAAUAUGUGCUCUUUGCCUAUGAUGUUAAACAGGUUUUCCGGCAUUCAUACAUGGCCUCAUAUAGCAUUUACAACAUCCACACAAGGGAGGUAUGGGAGCUGGAUCCUCCAGAGGUGCUGAAUUCUAUUCUGCAGUAUGCUGCGUGGGGAGUACAGGGCCAGCAACUGAUCUACAUAUUUGAGAACAAUAUUUACUACCAAUCAGAUGUGAAGAGCAACUCCCUCAGACUGACAUCGUCUGGAAAGGAAGGGGUCAUUUUCAAUGGGAUCGCUGACUGGCUGUACGAGGAGGAGAUUCUCCAGUCACAUAUAGCACACUGGUGGUCACCGGAUGGAGAGAGGUUGGCCUUCCUGGUCCUCAAUGACACUCUGGUGCCCAAUAUGGCCCUUCCACGCUUCACUGGCGCUUCAUACCCCAAAGGAAAGCAAUACCCCUACCCUAAGGCUGGCCAACCCAACCCCACAGUGAAGUUAUACGUGGUGAAUCUGUACGGGCCGACACACACACAGGAGCUCACACCACCAGACAGCCUCAAACUAAGGGAGCACUAUGUGGCCAUGGUCAGUUGGAUCAGUAAAACCAAGACGACGGUAAGGUGGAUGAACCGUGCCCAGAAUGUGUCCAUCCUGACCGUAUGUGAGACCACCACGGGGGCCUGUGUUAAGAGGCAUGAGGAGGUCUCAGAGCUCUGGCUUUCAAAGCAGAACCAGGAACCAGUGUUCUCCAGGGAUGGCAGCAUAUUCUUCCUGACAGUGCCCGUCAAGCAAGGCGGGCGUGGAGAGUUCCAUCACAUCGCCAUGUUCACCACACAGUUCAGAGCAGAUCAAAACGAGGUCCGCCAUCUAACAUCAGGAAACUGGGAAGUAACUAAGAUCCUGGCCUAUGAUGAGAGCAACGACAACAUAUAUUUUCUCAGCACUGAAGGCUCACCGCGAAGAAGACAGCUUUUCAGUGUGAAGACUGUCGGGUUGUUCCCUCGACACUGUCUGACGUGUGAGCUAAAUAAGGCGCACUGUCUGUUCUUUAAUGCUGAGAUAAGCCCCAAUGAUAAGCAUAUCAUCCUCCACUGUAAAGGUCCUGGAGCACCCACUGUGAUCUUACACAGCCUCAAUAAUGCCAAUUACUACAUCCUUGAGAACAACUCUCUACUAAAGGCCGCUUUAAAGGUCAAGAGGAUUCAGAUGACGGAUUUCAGAACAAUCCAGAUGGAACAUUUUGAUCUGCCUUUGAAGAUCUCUUACCCACCAGACUUUUCUGAAUCGCGUCACUAUGGCUUGCUAUUGAUCGUCGAUGGCUCCCCCGGUGGCCAGGCGGUGAGCGACCGUUUCGUCCUGGACUGGGAUUCGGUUCUGGUCAGCUCGGAUAACGUCAUAGUGGCUCGUCUGGACGGCAGAGGGAGUGGCUUCCUGGGCCAGAGGGUUCUACAUGAAGUCCACCGGCGUUUGGGAACCGUAGAGGUGCAGGAUCAAAUCACAGCUGUGGAAUACAUGUUGACAUUCCCGUACAUUGAUCGGACACGGAUAGGAGUAUUUGGGAGGGGUUAUGGUGCCUAUAUUACAUUAAUGAUGCUCAAAUCAACCGACAGCCUGUUCAAAUGUUCAGUAGCAAUGUCCCCCGUCACGGACUGGAAACUAUAUGCAUCAGCGUUUUCCGAGAGGUACCUUGGCAUGCCAUUACGGGACGACAGCAGAUAUCAGUUCUCCAGUGUGUUGCAGAACGUCCAGCCACUGAGGGAACAGACUCUGAUGCUUGUCCACGGCACAUCAGAUGCCAAUGUUCACUUUCAGCAUACUGCUGAGCUCAUCAGGAACCUUGUGAAAGUUGGAGCAAACUACUCAAUGCAGCUCUAUCCAGAUGAGGGUCAUUUCCUGUCCCAGCGGAGUCGGCAGCACCUCUUCGGGUCGCUCACCAACUUCUACAGGGAGUGUCUCAGGGAAGAGAUCCUACCACUGCCCGAUGAUGAUGAGGAGGAGGAAGAAGAGUAGGAGUUAUUAUGUGUUGGGAACCUUCGGCGGGACUUUGGCAGGACUUCCUCUCUGUAAACAUUUGCUGAAGCCUGCACUAAAGGCUGGUGGCUUUUGGACCAAGUGUUAAGACUAAGGUGGACAGUGAGAGUUGCUGAUGCUUCUAGUGUGUGUGUGUGUGUGUGUGUGUGUGUGUGUGUGUGUGUGUGUGUGUGUGUGUGUGUGUGUGUGUGUGUGUGUGUGUGUGUGUGUGUGUGUGUGUGUGUGUGUGUGUGUG